AUGCCACAAUCUACAACCACCACCACCCCUCCCACCACAUCGGCGGUCAAGACACUGAUUUGCCGCGUUUGUGAAAAGGGCUUUUCCAAGGCAGAACAUUUGAGGAGACAUGAACGUUGCCAUACGGGAUCGAAGCCGUUCAUCUGCAAAGAAUGUCGGCGACCUUUUGCCCGCCAGGACGCUCUUACCCGACAUGAGAAGCUGCACGUCCGCGCUGCCAAUGCCAAGCAAGCACAAGUACAGCAGUCAUCGGUGCAUGUUACUCCUCAGGCAACAUCUCUAGAUGCUCUUCCCUGGGAUGCCGGUCGCGCCCCAGCACCGGCCGUUGUCUCUGCCUCUGCACCUAGUCAGGCAUGGGAGACUUCUCAAGCCGAACAGCAUCCAGGUCUGCAGCAUGCAGCUUCCGAUCUUGAUUUCGCGCUGAUCUGGCCUGACUCGGAGAACUUAUUUCAAAGUAUCAUGUCCUCCGAUACAACGGAUCAAUGGCAGAUGCCAUUAGGUGCACUGCCAUUUCCGCCUGUCGUACAAGAUGUAAAUGGAAUGAAUUUUGGGUCUCCAAACUCAUUCGACGAUAGGGGGUCGUCAAUAGGUACCAUUCCCUCGGGAGGCAGCCAUCAGGCUGUGCGAGACGUUACUGAGAUGGUGACGAGCUCUUCAUCCAGUGUCACAGCGGCAAUAAAAGCAACCUCGAUCACAUCAGUCUUCUUGGACGAAUGUCUGCAUAUGUUCUUCGUUCGGUUCAUCCCCACAUUCCCAGUCCUGCAUCGAGCAACCUUCGUUUUCCGCGAGUGUACCCAUCCACUCCUUCUCAACGCUAUGGCCCUGGGGUCGCUAUACUUAGGCCCGAAAGACUCUGUCGCCAAGGGUGAAGCUCUGUGGCGCUUGGCGCAUACUGCCAUUGCAACAUCUUGGCAAUCAUUGAUCACCCAUCGCGGUCCGUAUGAUGUCUGCAAGGGAGUUCAGCUCCUCAUUACAGCUCUCCUGGGUCAGAUAUACGGCGCUCUGUCGAAGAACCGAGUUAUCCGUACGACAAGCCAGGUCUUCCGUCCGCUUGGCUUUCUGUGGGCUAGACACUGCGGGAUGUUGGACUGCGAUCCUUAUCCAAUGGAGAACAUACCUUUUCCAACUGCGCCUAGCACGGAAAAGGAGUAUAAAUGGCGAACAUGGGCUGCCCGAGAGAUCCAGCAACGUGCAUUACUUGCGUACCAUAUUCUGGAUGGCCUUGUUGCCCAGAUGUCUGGUGACAGUGCAUCUACGCGGCAUGUUGCCAACCCUCUACAUCUUCCUAGCAGCGAAGCUGCAUUUGAUGCCGGGAAUGUUGAUGAAUGGAUUGCUAUCAUGCGCACCCAAAAGGCGGAACAACCAUCCUUCCGGCUGGUGUUCCGAUCACUCUUCCCCCCCAUAGGGAGCUUCCGACCCUUAGACUAUCAGUUCUCAGCCUUUGCACUACGCGUUGUGCUAGAAGGUCUACAAUCUCUCGUUUCGGACUCAGAUGAAAGUGAUCUUGCUGCCGUGGGUGUUCCUGGUCGCUCAGAUGUUCGGAGAGCAUUGGCUCAAGUGCAUGAGACUAUCACCAUGAGUAUUCAUCUAUCCGCACCGGAAAGACUCGAGGUGCUUUUGCGCUGGCAUACGAUAUGCCUCGAUACUAUGAUCAACUCCACUGUGCUCUGCAGACAUGUGUGUUCCCGUUACGAGAUCACUCAGCAUGUCUCGGGGGGGUCUCGGAUGAUACGGUCAGGGUUCGAUAUGGCGAAAUGGGUCAACACCGAGGAUGCCCGUCGUGCUUUGUUACAUGCUAUCGCCAUUCAAGAUAUCGUUGAACAACUUCCCAGAGGGAGAGCCCAUGUCAUCCACAUGCCAAGCUCCCUGUUCUCGGCCACGACGAUAUACGUGGUCUUCUCGCUUGCUGGUGUGGCAAAUAUCCAUCUUCCACGCACCAUCGUCUGGCAGGAUGCGCUCCUUUCGCGCGCCGACCUGAAUCUUGGGUGCGAGAACAUUCGACCUUCCAAUGGUUCUGAAACCCGGCGCUUCGUCGAGGAAGGUCGGACCGACUCUCCCCCUGGCAUGGGAGCAGUUCGAAAUCUGUUGUAUGAGAUGAACUCGUUGCAGAAGUUGUUCCGCUGCAUGUUUUCCCAGUGGGGCAUUGCGCAUGACAUGGAGGAGAUCAUUGACCAGUGGAUUACUCUUUGUCAUUAG